CAACUUCCCGAAAAAUGUAUAUACACAACUACUUUGCCAAGUGUCGGGCUAGCUAACUUAGCUAGUUAGCACAACAACCCCAGUUGUCGUUCUGUCAGAAUCAGGCUUCAGCCAGACAACUAACGUUAGCUAACCACAUCUAAAACUGGCACGUGUUUCCACAGGGUUGUUCUGGAAGCUUUAUAAGUGAAGGAAGUUUUGUCGUCCUCCAGACUCCCCCAAUGUCAACCACACAGAAACCUCUGCGUGUUGGAUUAAUGGUUGACCUGCUCUAGUUGGAGGCUCUGUGGUCAAACGUCUCAGGGAGGAGGAGAUGCAUCGUGUUCUGUCCCAGGGUGCAUUGCGGCAGAUGGCCUACGUGCGGUCUGUGGUCGUGGGCCUGUCGGUGUGUGAGGCUCGCCUGGCCGUGUCGGUGUGUAUUGUAGGCCGCCUGCCCCCCGGGCCCGGCCAGCGCUGGGUUAGUACCUCAGCCUUUAACAGGGCAGUAGAACAGCCCAAGCUCCGGCCGGAGGACCAGGACCCACCCAGCCAUCCCCCCAGCCUGGCUGGAACAGAGCCCGUCUAUGGGGCAGACUCCUCCAAGCUGCCUGUGGAGGCCCCACCGGAGGCCCCAGAGAUAGACCCUCUGCAGGACAAGUCCAUUGGUCUGGUCCAGAGGUUCAAGAAGACCUUCAAGCAGUAUGGGAAGGUGAUGAUACCUGUCCAUCUCCUGACCUCCAGCGUCUGGUUCGGGACCUUCUACUAUGCUGCUAUGCAGGGAGUGAAUGUGGUGCCUUUUCUGGAGUUCAUUGGUUUACCAGAGAAGAUCGUUGGUCUGCUGAAUCACUCUUCUGGCGGCUAUGCCCUUACUGCCUACGCCAUGUACAAGAUUGCAACACCCGCCAGAUACACGGUGACUCUGGGUGGGACGUCCUUCUCAGUGCAGUACCUCCGUAAACACGGCUACUUCUCCACCCCUCCGCCCGUCAAAGACUACCUGCAGGACCGGAUGGAAGAGACCAGGGAGAAACUCACAGAGAAAAUGGAGGAAACUAAGGAACUGUUCUCUGAAAAAAUGGAGGAAACCAAAGAACUACUCUCGGGGAAAAUGGAAGAUACGAAAGAACGAUUGUCUGGUAUUUCUGAAAAGAUGGAGGAGACGAAAGAACGUUUCUCUGGAAAGAUGGAGGAGACGAAAGAACGUUUCUCUGGAAAGAUGGAGGAGACGAAAGAACGUUUCUCUGGAAAGAUGGAGGAGACGAAAGAACGUUUCUCUGGAAAGAUGGGGGAGACGAAAGAACGUUUCUCUGGGAAGAUGGAGGAGACGAAAGAACGUUUCUCUGGAAAGAUGGGGGAGACGAAAGACAUGUUCUCUGAUAAACUACAGGAAGCCAAAGACGAAGUGUCUUACCGAAAGAAGCUCGAUUAGUCUUGUUUACAAGUGGUUGUGAAUAAACACAUGUUUGGUGUCUUCAAUGUGGUUGGGGUCAAAGACAGAAUUAAGGCACAUAUUAUGAACCUAUUGUUGAGAGACGAAUGAGUCCAGACAUUACUGUUCUUCUGCAAUUUCUGACUGCCCCAGCUAGUACCAUUAUACCUGCUAUAAGGAGGAGGCUGGUGGGAUUUCUCAGUUGUAUUAGAAUACACUGAGGAGCAUUAUGAAUUCUGGGUAUGAAAAAUACAAUUCCUGUUUAAUUCAUCAAAGCCUCAUGGAGACUGUAACUGCUCGUCUUUCAGCGUUUUAAAUCACGUUUUCUAAUGUCUUUUUAUCCAAUACCCAAAGUUUAAUAUAUUGUAUUAUGUUUGUGUUCCUACUACCUAAUGUCUGAUCAACUGAAAGUUGUGCAUUUAAUAGGAAGUGUGAUUACAGAAGUCGUUUGAUUGAUUCCUUAAAGGGAUACUUCUGGAUGUUGGCAAUGCAGCCCUUUAUCUACUUCCACAGUCUGAUGAACUCAUGGACAAAAUCCAGAAGUAUCCCUUUAAGUUGCUCUGUGGAUAUUACAGAAUUAUUCAGCUAAAAUGCAAUAAAAUGAAAACCACAGUCUGAACAGAAGGGUGUUGGGUACUGUAGUACCAGUUAUUGGACUGUACUGUUAAUGUCAUGUCUGGUAUGAUCACAAUUUGCAAUAAAGCAGAAUAUUGAGCUUCUAAACAUC